AUGGGAGAAUCAAUGAACAGUUGUUUAGAAGAGAUCAAUGGAUGUCUGGACUCAAUUACAUCUCUUUACUUUAAACCACCAGGUAUAUUCCACAAUGCCAUGAUUAGAAUAUCAAAAGAUGGUAAAGAAACUCAUACAUUGAAUGACAAGAUUAAAAAUCUCAUAAAGGGUUGUGAUCCAAAGGAAGAAACCACAUUAUUCCAACUUGAUCCUGUCACGAAAUCACUUCGAAGAAAGGAUGGUAGGCAGGCACUAUUUGAUUAUUUGGACAAGAGAGAUUUGAAUAUGAAGAGGAAUAGACGACUGGGCCAUAAAGAUGAGAAGCCGGUGAUUCAUGUCCCCAACGAGUUUUACAUCAGAGAGCAUGACGAAGAAUUAUUACGCGAUUCACAAAGAACUAAGCGAUUCAAAGCUGCAGGGCAUGGUAAUGAUAUAGACAGUAAUAACACAAAUAAUACAACGACUGCCCUUAUAACAGAAUUAUUUAAUGAUGAUGUAGGGUUAAUGGCUACGAUGAGGAAGAAAUUUAAGGAAAAUGAUGAAAUUAAAAAUCUUUUGAUGGCACUACAAAAAGGCAGUGUUAUACUAGAUGAGAAGGAAGGUAUAUCUACAAACAACCGGAGAAGGACUUUAUUUGUAGAGGACUUUUCAACUGAAUCUAUUUUGAAGCUACUUGAUGCGGUCUUAGAAAUGUUUCCAACAGAAGAAUAUAAGAAAGCUGCUGAACAGUAUCAUGAUGUGUUUCAAGAGCUUAACGAAGAAUCAGAAAAACUAUUGGCUGAAAUACAACUACAAAAAGAUGAGAUUGAGGGCCGUCUAAAGAUUGAAUCAUCAAAGGAUAGCACUACUGGUGUACAAAAGUUAAUCGAAAAGGAAAGACAAAAGAUAGCUGAGCUGGAGUCUCAGCUACGUAUUUCUAAUUAG